AUGGAAACAAGAGAGGCACCACCUGCACAUUUGUUGGUUAAGAUUGAAUCAUUCUCCUUAUUUGAAAAGUAUCAAAUUGAGAAAUACGAAACGGAGGAAUUUGCGGCUGGGGAAUAUAAGUGGAAACUAAUAAUCUAUCCUAAUGGAGACGACAACGUUGGCAAAGAUAGCGGCUAUGUUUCUGUAUAUUUGGCUAUGGUAGACACAUGUUCUCAACCUGUGGAGAUCAAUGCUGUCUUCAGUAUCUUUCUCUUUAAUCAUAUUUCCGGCAAGUAUCUUUCUUCACUAGGAAGAACAAGACGUUUCAUAGGAAUGAAGUCCAAAUGGGGUUUUUCAAAAUUUAUUUCAAAGGAAAGUCUGACAGAUCCAUCAAACGGAUAUGUAGUCGGUGACAAGUCAUGUGUGUUUGGCGCUGAGGUUUUUGUGGCUAAAAAAGAAGCAACCACUCAAUUCGUGUCUUCAAGAAAUGUUGACAUUCCUUACAAACGUGAUUGGAUUAUUCCAAACUACUCCAAAAUCGGAUAUAGAUGGGAAUCUGAGGAAUUCGGUGCUGGAGGCGGAAAAUGGCGGAUUAAUCUUUACCCGAAAGGAGUUUAUACAAAAUACACCCACGUCAGGAUCAUUCUGUGUUAUCUUGGUUAUGGAAGAGUGGAAGCAUGUUUUACAGUACGUAUGAAAGACCAGGUUUUUGAUAAUGAAUACGAGAAAUCAAUCAAAGAUUGCGUGUUUACAACUUUUUCCACUGAGGGACUGUAUAAAUUCAUGGAGAUUGAAACUAUGGAAGAUCCUAAAAAGGGAUAUAUUGUGAACGACUCUUGUCUUCUGCAACUUGAAAUCUCAUCUCUCAAAGAUGUGGCAGAAUAA